AUGCCUUCAAAAGAAGCUUGUUGGGGAGAGCCAGUCGCGCGUGUUGAUUAUCAGACUCUCCUUACGGGCGACGUCGCUGAAGUGCCGCACAACAAGGGAAAGGACAACAAGCGAGCGCUCGACCAGGAGGACCGCGAUGAUGAGAACGAGGAGACGCAUGCAGAAGGCUCCUCGACACCGCUCUCUUCUGUUCAGCAGCAGCAGAAGAAGCUCUUGUCGCACGAAGUGCGCACUUCGCUGCAAGACCGCCCGCUAGACUCCAUGUUCGCGGUCGUCAGUUUUUCGCAGCAGGCGAGCGGAGGCAGCGGGCCGAGUGGGGCAGAGACGCCGCCGCAUCAAGUAACCAAGGCGCGCGACAACGUAGAUACGGAGCUGUCCGAGGAAGAGAAGGCGGAAGACCGUUCGGUACAGUGGCAGAGACAGCAUGUACUGUUCCCCGCGCUGGCGCGGUAUCUAGUCGCGCCGAAGUCGCUGUUGGACGGCAAUGUGGUGCAGGUGGCGAGCUUGCCGGACUUGUACCGUGUUUUCGAGACGUGUUGA